AUGCUCUACUGUCUUUCUGAUUUCCUGCACAACUAUCGCUCUCUGUUACGAAGCCCGCACCAGCCAAGCAGAAUACCUAAGAGACCAUUCACCAUGACCGUCUCAUAUCCUUUUCAGACCGUUUUUGCGGUACCCAUGACAUGUGACAGCUGCGUCAAGGACGUUUCAGACUCGUUGUACAAGCUGGGGGGGAUCACCAAGGUCGAGGCCGAUCUGAAGGACCAAUUACUCUCUGUAGAGGGCACAGCCGCACCAUCGGCCAUUGUUGACGCCAUCCAAGCCACAGGAAGGGACGCUAUCCUGCGAGGAUCGGGUGCAUCAAACAGCGCGGCUGUAAGCAUCCUGGAGUCCUUCUACCGUGCAGAUGGGGACGAUGCGGCCUCAAAGUCGGAAGAGGAGCAAGCUCGAGAAGUCAGGGGCUUGGCCAGAAUGGUGCAGGUUUCUCCAACUACUACCUUGGUUGACUUGACACUUCGCGGCGUCGCCCCUGGCUCCUACCGAGCAACCAUCCGUGAGUACGGCAACCUAGCAGACGGCGCCUCGUCGACAGGCCCUGUCUGGUCUGGGGGCAGUGAAGCUGCGGCUGCCAAGGGAUUCUUGGGCGUCUUCGAGGUUGGCAAGGAUGGAAGAGGCAGUGCGUACCUCGACAAGCCUUUUCAAAUCUGGGAAGUCAUUGGCCACGCCAUGGUCGUCUCGAGACAAGAUGAGUCCGCGGCAGUUCUGAAGAACGACCCGGACACUGUUGUCGGUGUGAUUGCCAGGAGUGCGGGUGUGUGGGACAAUGACAAGACCGUCUGCUCAUGCACGGGCAAGACGCUAUGGGAAGAGAGGAAGGAUGAAGUAAAGAAGGGCAUGCUCUAG